AAAAUUUCGCCAAGAGUUUUAUUUAAGCCCUUUACUAGAUUGAUCGUUGCAACAAUCUUUAAAAAACAUUUUCAUUACAAUUUUCGAUCUUUCUUGAAAAUUUUGCGUUACAAAAUGCCCGCGAGUAAGUGCGAGUGUGUGAAGUGCGAUUCGCCAAACGACAUCGAUGAUAUGGUGCAAUGUCAAGAUUGCAAAAAGUGGUGUCACUUUAGUUGCGCUGGAGUUGGUGAAAGUGUGGCGGAAGAAUACUGGGUGUGCGAAAAGUGCGUAGGAAAAGGGCCAGGACCGUCGAUGAAGACGAGGCGCCCAAGGAGUGAGAAAGCGAUGGCGGUUGUUGCAGGACCAAGCCAGCAGCCCGAUCUUCCUAAAAGUUCGGAGAGAUCGGAGUCGAUGCCUGGUACAAGCGAAGAACCAUCGGCUAAGCCUCUUAAAAUUCCUACCGUCGCAGCAAGCCACUCGAAGAAAACCGUCUCCAACUCUUCGCGUUUGUCGGCUCAAGUGGCUCUCCAACGUUUGGAAAAGGAGCAAGCGCUGCAAAAGCAAUUAAUACUGGCAGAAAAACAGAAAAUGGAGGCCGAGAUUACGGCGAAGAUGGCCAAGCUGCAGUUGCAACAUGAAAGCCAACGCAACGCUUUGGAAGACGAGCUGGAGAACCUAUCGGUUUAUUCAGCAGCCACUAAAACCGACAGAACAGCUGAAUGGGUGAAGCAACAAAGGCAGAAGCAACAAGGAACAUCAUUAGCUCAAAGAGAAGUUGAGCCCUCAUCGCAGCAUAUGCCGCAGGCAAGCUCGUCGACCCCGAUAGUGACGCCGCGUGAGACUCCUGUGCGAGCGACAGCGCAGAGCAUCGCGCGAGAUAUGUACCCGAAAAAGUUGCCUAUCUUUUCGGGAUGCUCGAAGGAAUGGGCAGUAUUUCUCAACUGCUACAACGAGUCGACAAGAGCAUGCGGAUAUACGGACGGCGAAAAUACCAUACGGUUAGUAGAGUGUUUGAAAGGCCCCGCUCGAGAUGCCGUUCAGUCAAAGCUAAGACUGCCCAACGCCGCACCUCUUAUCAUCAAGCGACUGGAGAAGCUGUUUGGAAAGCCGGCUCAGCUAAUAAGGCAGCUUACGGAUAGUGUGCGGAAGUUAGAUCCACCGAAACCCGAACAGUUGAAUAGCCUGAUCACGUUCGGGCUAGAAGUGGUGAACUUGUGUGACCACCUGACGCUCAGCAACAUGAAAAGUCACUUUAACAACCCUGAGCUACUAGCAGACUUGGUGGAAAAACUUCCCGCUACGAGGAGGCUGGAAUGGUCUCGGUUUAAAAACAAAUUUGCCGAGCCAACUAUUAAACACUUCGGGGAGUUCAUGGAGGCUUUGGUGGAUGACGCGUGCGACGUUACCGCGUAUGUCCCCCCCCGAGCAGAUCAUCCAAGGACGUCUAGGAGUUUCCACUCACACGUCCACUCACAAUCUGCCAAAACGGAAGCAAAUACGAGUGUUUCGAGCGCCUCACAAUUAAGUAACGUCAAGUGCCUGGUUUGUGACAUUCGUGGACACGUUGCCAAACAUUGUGAGUUGUUCAAACGGAUGGAUGUGGACGAGCGGUGUGAAUGCGUAUUAAGGCUACAACUCUGCUCGACCUGCCUUAACAAACACGGGUCUAAGCCGUGUAGAUCACGAUUUUUGUGUCGUGUACCAGGAUGCAGCGGACGACAUCAUACUUUGCUUCACCGCGGCCAAAACACCCAGCAGGUGCACUACCAAACGCACCACGACUCUAGACAACCCGCAAUUUUCCGCAUCGUCUCAGUGACAGUCUACAACAAAGGGCGAGCCGUGGAUGCUGUAGCUUUCCUGGACGAAGGAUCAUCCGUCACCCUGGUGGAAGCUGAAUUAGCUUCAAAGUUGGGACUUGACGGAGAAGUGGAACCAUUGGAGCUCUGCUGGACAGGCAAUGUGACCAGGAGGGAAUCUACAUCGCGACGAGUGAGCUUCCAGAUAUCGGCGAAGGGGGAAGGGCGGCGCUAUUCUAUAGCAGCCGCCCACACAGUGAAACAGCUAAGUCUACCGUCCAAUAACGUAAAUUACGACGCACUGAUAAGAUCCUUUCUACACUUGCAGCACCUUCCAACGUCAUCCCUGGAGCACCGGAAACCAUCGUUGCUGAUCGGUCUCAAUGAUGUGGAUUUGAUCCGACCUCUGGAAACUCGGUUCGGUCUACCCCACGAACCCAUCGCAGUAAGGAGCGCCCUGGGCUGGGCCAUCUACGGGCCAAACAACGCAAAGACAGGAAGGACGAUGCUGGGAAUGCAUCAAAUUCCCCAGCAACUAGAAGAGAGUUCCCGCGGAAAAGUCUGCGACGAGGGAACGCAAGACGAUCUUCUACAAGAGAUCCUACCGGAGAGCUCCCGCGAACCCCAUCGCGAUGAGGGAGCUAACACGGAUCUACAGGAGGAAUUGGUGAUUCCACAACAAUCGGCAGCUCAACAGGAAGAAAAGAAACACUGCGAGUGAUACCAGACCUAGCAAACGCCCUUAAGAGCAGCUACAAGCGAGCAAUCGUGUUGUCCGAAGCAAUGUGGGAUAGGUGGCUGAAAGAGUACGUCCCAACACUAAACCGCCGUACAAAGUGGCUUGAGCCGUGCAAGCCGCUUAAGCCGGGAGACUUGGUUUUUAUCACGGAGGGACCGAGAAAAGAAUGGAUGCGAGCGAUUGUUCAAGAAACGUUCCCGGGAACAGACGGUACAAUAAGGCAAGCAUUAAUACGCACAGCGUCAGGGAAGGAAUUAAAACGUCCGGUAGUAAAGCUAGCACUAAUAAACGUAGAAGUAGAUAAGGAACAGUUAACAUAAAGAACCACAAGCACAAUAUCCCUACACAGUAAAUUA